AUGAGGCCCCCAGUCCUGCUCGCCACCCUCCUCUGGCUCCAGGGCUUUUUGGCCGAGAAAGAUGAAUGCCAUUCCCCGGAGGGGAGCCCAGCCAAGGGGGGUGCAGGCCCACCCCUGGAAGUGAACAUCAGCAGCCAGGGGAGGCCUUCUAGCCUCUUUGUGAGCUGGACAGCCCCGGAGCCUGGCGGGCAGGCCCACGUCCUCCGUCUCACGCGUCUGAGUCCCCUCGGCAAUUCCAAAGGCCCACACCGCGAGGCUCACACCAACGCGUCCAGCUUUGAGUUCCAGGACCUGGUGCCAGGGAGUCGCUACCAGCUGGAGGUGACGGCGUUGCGUCCGUGUGGGCAGAAUGUCACUGUCACCCUGGCUGCCCGCACUGCCCCGUCACCGGUGCUUGGGCUACGGCUCCACAGCCCUGGGAGCCCGUUCCGCCUGGAGGCCUCCUGGGGUGCAGCUCCUGGGGAGCAGGACGGCUACCACCUCCUCCUGCACCACCUGGAGUCCCGCACCGUGGCUCACAACGUCUCCACGUCCCCAGAAGCCCUGGCCUACAACUUUACUGACCUCUUGCCAGGUAGCGAGUACCUUCUGGAGGUUACCACCUGGGCUGGCACCCUCCAAGCAAAGACCAGCAUCCACCAGUGGACAGUCCCCAUGCCCCCGGAUCACCUAGUGCUGCGUGCCCUGGGCACCGGUGCCCUGCAAGCUUCCUGGAACGGCUCCCAGGGGGCCGCCUGGCUCCACCUGCUGCUCACAGACCUCCGAGGAGGCACCAACCUGACUGCAGUGGUCGCACGGGGCGUCUCCACUCACACCUUCCUCCACCUGUCGCCCGGCACCUGCUAUGAACUGACACUGAGUGCUGCUGCUGGGCUCCAGCGGGCAGCGGGGCCCAACACCACCGAGUGGACCUAUCCCUCUGCCCCCCUGGACCUGGUGCUGACCCCUGCGCCCCCCGAGCUCCAGGCAAGCUGGAAGGCGGGGCCGGGUGCUCGCGAUGGCUACCUGCUGAAGCUGAGUGGGCCGGUGGAGAAGACCACCACUCUGGGCCCCGAAGCGCUCAAUGCCAGAUUCCCAGGGCCCCUGCCCAGCGGCCACUAUGCGCUGGAGCUGAGGGCUCUGGCUGGGCCGCAUGAAGCCUGGGCCCAGGCCAGCGCCUGGCUGGCUGGGUCUGUGGUCCAGCCCAGCCCUAGCUAUGGAGCCACACUGCAGCUGCAGGGGCUGGAGGCCAUCAGGGAGCCCGGCAGGCGGGCACUGCUCUAUGCCGAGGGCACCCCCGGCAUCCUUGGAAACGUCUCCGUGCCAUCUGGUGCCACCCACGUCACCUUCUGCGGACUGGUGCCUGGAGCCCGCUACCGCGUGGACGUGGCCUCUUCUCUGGGAGCCAUCACUCAGAGCCUCACGGGCCACACGAGUCCCCUGGCACCACAGUCCCUGGAAGUCACCAGCAAGGGCAGUCCCUCCAGCUUGGUCAUGGGCUGGGUCCCGGCACCAGGGCAGCGGGACGGCUACAGCGUCACCUGGCGUGGGGAGGACAGCCAGGGGACCCUGGAUGGUCUUGUCCACUUGGGCCCGGACAACUCCAGCCUGAUUUUGAGGGAUCUGGUGCCUGGUUCCUGCUACUCCUUAUCCAUCUGGGCCUGGACAGGGAACCUCAGCUCCACCGUCCAGAGCACUCGCACCUGCACCCUGCCUGCGGCUCCUGUCAACCUGAGCCUGGGCUCUGUUGCCCAGCCACCCGCCCUGAGGGCUCGCUGGGGCGCCCCGCCGGGCCGCAGGGACGGCUUCCAGCUGCGCCUCUACCGCAGGAGACCCCUGAGCCUGCAAAGCCAGGAGACGCUGGCUCCAGAAGCUCAGAACUUCUCCUGGCCCCGGCUGCCCCCGGGCACCGAGUUCCUGGUGCAGCUGACCGCUGUGCGCGGGCCAGACGCGAGCAGCAGCAGCAAUGCCUCAGGCUGGACGCCCCCUCUUGCCCCACUUCUGGUUCACGUGACCAGCGAAGGCCCCAGCCAGCUCCGGGCGGCCUGGGCCCAUGCAGCCGGGGGCCGGGACAGUUACCAGGUGACCCUGUACCAGGCGGGUGCCCGGGUGGGCACCAGAGCCUUGGGGGCUGAGGUGAACAGCACAAGCUUCUGGGCUCUGACCCCCGGCACGAAGUACGAGGUGGAGAUUGUCUCGUGGGCCGGGCCCCUGCGCGCUGCGGCCGCCAAUGUCUCAGGCUGGACUUCCCCGCUCACACCCAGGGAGUUGUUGGUGUCCAUGCAGGCGGGCAGCGCCGUAGUCAACCUGGCCUGGGCCAGCGGCCCCUUGGGGCGGGGGGCGUGCCAUGCUCAGCUCUCCGAGGCCGGGUGCCCCUCCUGGGAUCAGCCUCUGGUGCUUGGCCAAGGCCUCCUGGUGCUGAGGGGCCUCACGCCGGGACGCAACCUCUCCCUGUCCGUGCUGUGCCAGGCGGGGCCGCUCCAGGCAUCCACUCACCCCGUGGUGCUGCCAGUUGAGCCGGGCCCUGUGGAGGACGUGCAGUGCCAGGCCCAUGCCACCCACCUCAUCCUGAACUGGACACUGCCCACUGGGGAUGUGAGCGCCUGUCUGGUGCUGGCAGAGCAGCUGGUUGCAGGAGGCCAUGCCCUCCCCGUGUUCCAGGCCAACACCUCCAGGGACACUCUCUUGCUACCCGACCUCGUGCCUGCCUCAUCUUACCGCCUUAGCCUCACAGCGCUGGGCAGGAAUGGCCUGCAGAGCCGGACGGUCACCCUGGUGUGCAGCACUUCUGCCGAAGACUGGCAUCCUCCUCAGUUGGUUGCCGCCCCCCAGCUGGAGCCCGAGACAGGGAUGGGGGUGGUGAUCACGCCAGGCAUGUUUGGCAAGGAGGACGGGCAGAUCCAGUGGUACGGCGUCGUCGCCACCACCAACAUGUCACUGGCUCAGCCUUCCCGGAAAGCCAUCAACCACACGUGGUACGACCACUACUACGGAGGAUGCGACUCCUACCUGGCCAUCCUGCUUCCCAACCCCUUCUACCCGGGCCCCUGGCCUGUGCCAAAAUCCUGGACAGUGCCCAUGGGUGCAGAUGACUGUGGCCACACCCAGGACAUAUGUAAUGGGCAGCUCAAGCCGGGUGCCCAGUACAGGUUCAGCGUUGCCGCCUUCACCAGGUACAACGCCCCAGAGACCACGAUCUCCUUCUCAGCCUUCUCAGAGCCCCGCGUCAGUGUCUCUCCCACAGCACUGCCCCUGCCGUUGGCGGUGGGCACUGCAGGUGGCUGUGUCCUCACCGUGUGCACCGUGCUGGGCCUGCUGUGCUGGAGGCGGCUUAAGGGGCAGAGAGCGGACAAGAGCGGGUUUUCCCAGGAACUGGUGCCCCACAACAUGCGGCGGACGCACCGGCCCAUCCCCAUCCACAGCUUCCGGCAGAGCUACGAGGCCAAGAGUGCGCACGCGCACCAGGCGUUCUUCCAGGAGUUCGAGGAGCUGAAGGAGGUGGGCAAGGAGCAGCCCCGAGUGGAGGCCGAGCACCCCGCCAACACCACCAAGAACCGCUACCCGCACGUGCUGCCCUAUGACCACUCCCGGGUCAGGCUGAGCCAGCUGGAGGGAGAGCCGCACUCCGACUACAUCAAUGCCAACUUCAUCCCGGGCUACACUCACCCCCAGGAGUUCAUUGCCACUCAGGGGCCUCUCAAGAAAACGCUGGAGGACUUCUGGCGGCUGGUGUGGGAGCAGCAGGUGCACAUCAUCGUCAUGCUCACCGUGGGCAUGGAGAACGGCAGGGUGCUGUGUGAGCACUACUGGCCUGCCGACUCCACCCCCGUCACCCAUGGCCACCUCACCAUCCACCUGCUGGCCGAGGACCCCAAGGACGAGUGGACCAGGCGGGAGUUUCAGCUGCAGCACGGUGCCCAGCACAAGCGGCGGAAGGUGAAGCAGCUGCAGUUCACCACGUGGCCUGACCACAGCGUCCCGGAGGCCCCCGGGGCCCUGCUCGCCUUUGUGGAGCUGGUCCGGGAGCAGGCGAGGGCGGCCCAGGGCACGGGGCCCAUCCUGGUGCACUGCAGCGCGGGCGUCGGCCGCACGGGCACCUUCGUGGCGCUGUCGCGCCUGCUGCAGCAGCUGGAGGAAGAGCCGGUGGUGGACGUGUUCAACGCCGUGUACGCGCUGCGGCUGCACCGGCCCCUCAUGAUCCAGACCCCGAGCCAGUACAUCUUCCUGCACAGCUGCCUCCUGAGGAAGAUUCUGGAAGGGCCAUCUGACACCUCUGACUCCGGACCCAUCUCCGUGACGAACUUCGCGCAGGCGUGUGCCAAGAAGGCGGCCAACGCCAACGCCGGCUUCCUGAAGGAGUACGAGCUCUUGCUGCAGGCCAUCAGUGACGAGGCUGGCUCCUCAACGCCCUCUCCUGGCCAUGAGAAGGACUGCAUGGACUCCGAUGAUGAGUGUCUCCAGGUGGAGGAGAGCCCCACCGACAGCAUACCCGAGGCCUGGCUCUUCCCGGGUGGGCCCUCCGGCCGUGACCACGUGGUGCUGACGGGCCCGGCGGGGCCAGAGGAGAUCUGGGAGCUGGUAUGGGAGCACGAGGCCCACGUGCUGGUCUCCCUGUGCGCACCUGACACCCAGGAGAAGCCACAGGAGUUCUGGCCAUCGGAGAUGCAGCCCAUCACCACGGAGACGGUGACGGUGCACUGGGUGGCUGAGAACAGUACCGCAGGCUGGCCCUGCACCCUCUUCAAGGUCACACAUGGAGAGAGCGGCAAGGAGCGGCAGGUGCAGCGGCUGCAGUUUCCAAACUGGGAGCCCGGGCAGGAGCUGCCCACCACCACGCUGCUGCCCUUCCUGGCUGCCGUGGGCCAGUGCUGCUCCCAGGGCAACAGCGAGAAGCCCGGCACACUGCUCAGCCACUCCAGCAAGGGCACCGCCCAGCUGGGCACCUUCCUGGCCAUGGAGCAGCUGCUGCAGCAGGCAGGGGCUGAGUGCACCGUGGAUGUCUUCGGUGUGGCUCUGCAGCAGUCACAGGCCUGUGGCCUCAUGACCCCAACACUGGAGCAGUACAUCUACCUCUACAACUGUUUGAACAGCGCGCUGGUGGACGGGCUGCCCUGA